UUCUAUUCGAUCGAAUUCCAGUUACAAAAUGAGAAUCGCAUUUAGCGUUGCGAUACUGUGUUUGUUUUAUUUGCUUGUUUCUGGUGAGUACGUUUUACCAGAACCAGAAGAUGUGGCUAAGUAUUAUGAUUGCUGGACAUAUGUUAAUUGUGUCUUAGGUGAACCAGGAUUUAAAAAAUUCGAAAACUGUAUCAGCGUGUUGCCAGAAAAGGAAUUUGAAGAUUCCAUAAAGUAUGUUAACCGUAAUUUCUUCAAAUAUAAAUCACAAACUGUGGAACAAAUGUUCGAAGAAUACUGUACUUAUAAGGAAGAAAAAAGAAAAAAAGUUUUUGUAAAAACUUGGGGAGGUGGCCUGUACUUUCGCAAGCAUAUUUGCAGUAUGCCAGAUAAACAAGAUGAAUGUGCGAGACUACAUCAGUCUUUCGGCUGUAUCUUCCAUUAUCUGGAUGAACUGAGUGAACAGAAUAAAUGCACUAUAAGUUAUUAACAAUAGAUGCAUAUCCACCAUAUGAUGUAAAAAAAGAGGAUAUGUUUUAGUUUUAAGUAAUAGUACCUUGUUUCACGUAAGAUAUAUUUUAAAUGCAUAACAUUUUAUAUA